AAGACAGAGGCUCUGUAUCGAUUAUGCGCCUGCGCUGAAUUGAUACGGAACUAGGCGGUGUCCUGACUGGUUAGCUUUCCCUGUUAAAAUCAAAGUUUGUUUGAUUUUAUCUUUAGCUACUUCGUUAAACGUUUAGCAUAAAGGCGCUUCGAGUGCGAGUCGUCGCAAUGUCCUGUCAGUACCUGCUGCUUUUGAUGCUGAGUGUGGGAGUCUCAACGGUGGAGGUCCACCGUCCUCGUGGUGUGCCCUUGUCAAAACGGCAGUUCUAUGAAGAGGACAAACCCUUUACUUGCCUGGAUGGCUCCCGCACCAUUCCUUUUGACAGAGUAAAUGAUGACUACUGUGACUGCCAGGACGGUUCCGAUGAACCAGGCACUGCUGCUUGUCCCAAUGGCAGCUUCCACUGCACCAAUGCAGGUUUCCGACCGGCCUUCAUCCCUUCUUCUCGUAUCAACGAUGGAAUCUGUGACUGCUGUGACACAACAGAUGAGUACAACAGUGGCGCUGCCUGUCAGAACACCUGCAGGGACUUGGGGCGCAAAGAGAGAGAGGAACUGGUGAAGAUGGCAGAAAUUGCAAAGGAAGGCUUUCAGCUUAAACAGCAACUUAUCCAUGAGGCCAAAAGAGGCUUAGAGGACAAGAAGGCUAAACUUUCUGAAAUUCAGAGCAGUAAGAAGGAUCUGGAAGCGAAGGUGGAGGCUCUGAGAACAGUAAAGGAGACUGCAGAGCAGCCAGAGAAAGAAGCUAAAGGGCGCCACAUGCAGGCCUGGGAAGAGCAAAAAGCGAUUGCUCGCAAGGAGAAAGACAAGGCUAAAAUGACUGAGGUGUUUCUUGAGCUGGAUGAUGAUGCAGAUGGCUUUGUUUCAGUGGCUGAGCUUUUGUCCCAUUCUGAGCUCGACCCAGAUUCGGACAGUUCAUUCACUGAGGCAGAGGCUCAGGUGCUGAUGGGUGGUGAAGACAAAGUGGACCCAGCAUCGUUCGAGGCUGUGUGGAAUAACAUUAAAGAAAAAUACCUGUCAGAAUCCAACGCAGACAUCCCAGCACCAGUGGAGACCGCACAGGAGGAAACACCUGUCUCUGAUAACGACUCCGACCAGUACCCUGAAGAUGACAUCCCAGAGGAGGAAGAGGAGGAUGACGAAGAGGACGAAGACGAUGAUCAGGAUGAGAGUGACUAUAAGGUCCCUCCUACGGAACGGACCAAAGAAAAGAAGGAUGACGAUGAUGAGGGGACUAUGCCACCUUAUGACCAAGAAACGCAGAACCUUAUUGAUGCUGCUCAGAAAGCCAGGGAUGAGUUUGAUGAGGCUGAGAGAGCUCUCCGGGAAGUGGAUGAUCAGAUCAAGAACCUUGAAAAGGAAAUCUCCGUCGACUUUGGACCCAGUGCUGAAUUUGGCUACCUCUACAGCCAGUGUUAUGAGUUGACUACAAGCGAGUACAUUUACAGGCUCUGUCUCAACAGAGUAUCCCAGAAGCCCAAGUAUGGUGGAUCAGAAACUAAUCUAGGAACUUGGGGGAAAUGGUCAGGCCCUCAGGAUAAUAUCUAUUCUGUGAUGAAGUAUGAGCAUGGAACCGGGUGCUGGCAAGGCCCCAACAGAUCCACCACUGUUAAGUUAACAUGUGGAAAGGAGACAGUCGUGACGUCUACCUCUGAGCCCAGUCGCUGUGAGUACCUGAUGGAGUUCAACCCUGCUGUCUGCCAGGAACCAAACCUGGAUUCAGGGCUUCAUGAACAUGAAGAGCUCUAGAGCCUCCUGAUCUGUGAGUAACUGCCAACUUUUCAGGAAUUCUUGGCCAACCUCAUGAUAAUAUGAGACAUAAUCUCUCAGCACAUUGUGUUGUGCACAUAUCUAUCCAACGUCCGUCCCCUUCAGGAUCUGAAAUAGGUCUUGUAGCCAAGGUGACUCAGAAUGAACUCAUUACUGUUUCUUCAUGUAUAAUGAAGAAAAUGCUAAAUUUGUGACAGUCAAAAGCUGCACAGUGUGAAGAUUUAGUAUUUUGAAGGAAAUCCCUUUGCAGUUACAGCUUCAUUUUAGAAGAAGAGCAGAACAGCAGCAAGACCAAGGUAAUUGGCAACUUCAUUUGAGUUCAUUGUAGUGGUUAAGAGGAUUAAGAAAUUAAUGAAUGGUAAGAAUAUAAUGAUGCUGUUUGUGAGUGGGAUGAAUACAUGCAGCUGUAUAGUGCGCCAAAUCAAUAAACUGGCAACAAUAUGUGAUGCGUUCUCUUGCUGUGCUCAUGCAUUCAUCCUUUACUGGAGACUGUUUGGGUUUUUGCAUUUAAUGGCUGUUUGACAUGAUUGAUUGCGCUCAUGUCCAUAUUAUUAUAUGAGGGAAUGAAGCUGAGAUACUUUAUCUAAACUAUAAAAUUUGGUUAAAACGACUCAAUGUGUUGACUAAGUAGUUAUGUUUUACCAAUUUUAGUUCUUAUUUUAUUCUUAAGUCACAGAUAUUGUGAUGUCUUGUAGUAUGUAAUAUAUCACUGAAUAAUAUAUAGUGAUGGCUUAUUGUACGUUUGCUUACUAGGUCUAACACUGACUGACCCCAUGUACACUGUUUGGAUAUUAUGUAUAGCUUCCACUUCAAUAGGAAAUGUUUAUAACGCUGCAUCUUGUGUGACUUGCUGAUCCCAAUCGGUUUCAUUUCAGUCUUUCUGCCCUGUUUAAGGUUGGUAUGACGAAAAGAUAAUGUUGUACAAUUAGUGUUCAGCUUUAUGAUAAUAGAGGAUUUUAGUAUGUUUCAUCGAGUGUGGAGGGAAUAGGCGUGUGGUACAACAGAAUAAGACUUUCUGAAUGUGCGCUAAUCCAAAAAUAACUCAAGAAGCAGAUUAAUCACUGAUGUAAAUGCUUAGUCCUCGGAAAUCAAACCUAUAGGGGUCAAUUUCAACAAAAUUGCCCUUCCCUCAAAUAACAAGAAAGACAUGACUUAAGCAAACGAGCUACUGAAAUGAGCGUGUGUGUGCCUUGUCUUGCAGAUUGUUCUCAAGGACCACAGUCACUGCAGCAGUCUGAAGUUGCCGUGCUGUGAGCAGCGUCACCUUGGUGUCGGAUAACAUUUGAGAAUAAAUUAUGGAAAUUCCAAUUAUUAGUUCAAUAUAGUAUCAUCUGCACUUACAGUAUCAUCUGCACUUACAGCUUCCUGUGAUAUCUGUUUUGUUUCUAGUGUUGUCUGUCAAAUGUAGUAUCAUUCCAUUAUUUUCGAAUAAAGUUCUUUUUAUCGUAUAGUAAACUUGUCUCUAUUUUUUUUUCUCUGCUUAGUCAAUCCAUGUCGUUACAACUGUGCUUUCAGAUGAGACACUGAGCAGUUAUGUGUAUCUAUUUAAAUGGAUAUACAUCUGUUUAUAAAAAUAUCUAUAAGAUGUCUACAUAUGUAAGUGGAGUAUUGUAGCUGACGUGUUGGUGUCUGAAGUACUGUCAGUCUUUGUUAUUGCUGCAUUUCACUCAAACAUUGGAAGUCAAGCCUUACUAAUGCUACAUACAUGCAUGAGAGUAAAAAUUCCUUACAGUGUUCAACAUGUUUUCUUGACAGUCAAUAAAAAUGAAGUCACUCGUA